GAAUCCAAAAUGUGCUGAGCUUGUUCUGUGCGGUCCUUACAGAAAAUAAGGUUCUCUUUCACUCUGCAAGUUUUCAGAGGCUCAGUGAUGCCUGUAGAGCACUGGAGUCUUUAAUGUUUCCUCUCAAAUAUAGUUAUCCCUAUAUUCCAAUUCUCCCUGCACAGCUGCUAGAAGUUCUCAGUUCACCAACGCCUUUCAUUAUUGGUGUACAUUCCAUCUUUUGUGCUGACAUUCAUGAGCUUUUGGAUGUAAUUAUAGCAGACCUGGAUGGAGGCACAAUUAAAAUUCCUGAAUGUAUUCAUCUAUCUCAGCUCCCAGAGCCACUGCUACAUCAAACUCAAACAGCUCUUUCUUUAGUUUUACACCCCGAUUUGGAAACGGCAGAUUAUGCAUUCCCUCCACCACGAACAGGUUUAUCACACUCAAAAAUGCUGGAUAAAGAAGUACGAGCAAUUUUCCUGAGAUUGUUUGCACAACUUUUCCAAGGAUACAGGUCAUGCCUUCAGCUGAUCAGAAUUCAUGCUGAACCAGUUAUACAUUUUCACAAGGCGGCCUUUUUGGGCCAGCGAGGCUUGAUUGAGAAUGACUUUCUCACCAAAAUUCUCAAUGGAAUGUCAUUUGCUGGUUUUGUAUCUGAGAGAGGUCCUCCCUACAGAUCCUGUGAUCUCUUUGAUGAGUUGGUAGCUUUUGAAGUGGAAAGAAUUAAAGCUGAGGAAAGUAAUCCACCAAAAAUGAUGAAGCACGUCAGAGAGCUUGCCGAACAGCUGUUCAAAAAUGAGAAUCCAAAUCCUCACAUGGCAUUCCAGAAAGUUCCACGGCCCACGGAGGGAUCCCAUUUACGAGUUCAUAUCCUUCCUUUCCCCAAAAUUAAUGACAGCCGGGUUAAGGAGCUAAUUCAAGAAGGCCUGGCUAAGAACCAAAGUGCACCACCGGCUACUCGGGUAGAAAAAAAGUGUGUGGUUCCUGCUGGUCCGCCUGUUGUUUCCAUAAUGGAAAAGGCCAGUACAGUUUUCAACAGUGCACAGAGGCUGGAAGUUGUUAGAAACUGCAUCUCAUUCAUAUUUGAAAAUAAAAAUUUGGAGACUGAAAAGACUCUGCCCGCUGCGUUGAGGGCACUAAAAGGAAAGGCAGCUCGACAGUGCCUCACACAGGAGCUAAGCCUGCAUGUUCAGCAAAAUCGGGCAAUACUGGACCACCAGCAGUUUGAUUACAUAGUGCGGAUGAUGAACUGUACUUUACAGGUAUUUUAUGCUUCUUUUGGCCUCCUUUCCCAUUCCUCCUUGGUUAUUUUAAAACAGCAUUGAUUGUGAUGGUGGGGAAACAAAACAGAGUUUGAUCGGGGACAAUGCAGUGUAGUAGAUUUAACAAGUGUUACCUGUCCAUAGAGUUCUGAGACCUUUAGAGUUGAAA